AGGCUGUUGGCCAUGACGACCAUCUGCUUCGACAUCUCUGUGAUGGAGCUCUUCAUGCCACUGAUCACCGGCGGAACGGUCAUCAUAUGCAGCGCCAAAACACAACGAGAUGGGAUAGCACUGAAAACACUCAUUGCGAACACCAAGCCGGAUAUCAUCCAGGCCACUCCGGCCACAUGGUCUAUUCUGAUUGAGAGCGCGUGGGUCGGUGACCCAGAACUGACUAUUCUGUGCGGUGGUGAGCCUCUGCCCGUGAGCUUGGCCAACAAUCUCACGCCCAGAGUGAAGGAGUUGUGGAAUAUGUACGGCCCAACUGAGGUGACGGUGUGGUGUACCGCUAAACGCAUUGAGGGCAAACUCUCCUCUCCUCCCACCAUUGGGCGGCCCAUCCAAAACACCACGGCCUAUAUUCUGGAUAUGGAUACUCUACAGCCUGUGGCCCCGGGAAAGCAGGGCAAGCUAUUCCUGGGGGGUGAACAGAACGCCCGCGGGUACAACAAGCGACCGGAAAUCACAGCCGAGAAAUUCAUCCCCGACCCAUUCCGCACAGAUGUAGAGAACCCCAUCAUGUACGACUCUGGAGAUCUAGCACGCUUUAAUGACGACGGUGAGAUCAUCUGCUGUGGCAGGGCGGACUAUCAGGUCAAGAUCAAUGGCUUCCGCAUCGAAUUGGG